GGACGCAUGAUACGAGUUCUUUUUUCUCCCAUCCUCUUCGGCUUUCUUCCUCCUCGCUCGCCUCUUUCUUUGUCCCGGAUCCUUCCUUCGUUCCGCCAAUUUCAGAAAAUUUUGGCAGCUUGGGCAAACAAUUGCUAGUGUGCUCAACCUUGAGGAUCAGUAGCGGGGACAGGAGAUGAUCACGCGAGCAAAGCUGGUGGAACAGCUGCGGGAGCACCAGAUCCGGUCGGCGCAGUCAUACUCCGCGGCCCUCGCCGUCUUCUCCCCCAACCCCCACAUCGCCUCCAGGCGGGACCUGAGGGUGGCUCUCCUCUAUGCCUUUUUGUUCUGUUUUCUCAUGGUGUCGUGCUAUGCUGCACUUUACCUGAAAUGGUUCAAGCUCUCGUCCCUCUUUGUAAUUCUCGGAAUCCUUCUCCCAGUAAGUCUCAAAAUCUCUAGGCAUAGAAGGCUCAAAAGGAAAAGAGAGCGAAGAUUGCUGUUGCCCUUGUCCAUGUGAAUAUCUUUCUGAUACCCUGUAACAUUUUAGUGAAGUGGCUCAACUACAAAGAGGAAAAAUCCCGGGUUUACUCAAUUCUCCGGCUCAACCUAUGCCCUUGAAUAUGUUGUAUCUAUUACCUGUUUUCCCUUUUUGUCCAUGCAUGCACAUACAUUGCUCGUCUCAGCUUUCGCCUUCUUUUCAAACUUGUGUCAAGUGCAAAGUAAUGCCGUCUUUAGAAACUCAUGAAAGCGGAUCUCUUCAGAUCCUGGUGCAUUUUGGUUGUGGAUGCAAUCAUGUGAAAUAUCUGGUCAAUUGUCGCAUCAGUCGGUCCGGUGUGCCAAGCGAGCCGCUUUAGCGUUAUUUAGCGUACCAAGUGUGAAUAUAAUCUUUCAUCUCAGGCUUCCAGCUUCUCUGUCGCAGUUCACCUAGAUUUAUUUAUUUUUCCUGUGUUUCUAUUGUCGGCAGAUCGUCCCACUGCACAGCGUUGCCAUUUCAAAUUCUCGAUCCUUUCACGCACACUGUUUCAAGUAUGUUCUGCCUGCCGCCUGGGUUUCUUGAGCUCGCCAUGCCUGGUAAAUGCAUCACCAGGAUAACUAGUC